GAAUAAGAAAGUAAUAGUGCAAUUGAGUAUUGAGUUACUGAGUUGGUAUUACGAUUGUUACGAAAAUGACGUUCAGGUGAUAGACAUUUGUGACAUUUUUAAACAAACUCCGGUAUUAGUGGAUCUUCUGGAAUGUACUGAUUGUAUCAUCAAAAAUGUCAUAUUUUUCACGUGCACUUGGACAUUCUCGCAUUCUGCCUCGCUCGCUGCAACGGGUUGAAGCAAAAAGAAAUUUUUAUGUAUAUUCUUCAAGCUGCUUAACCUCACUUCCAUCGGGCUUCAUAACCAACUCACCAAAGACAUCAGACUUUAAAUUAUACAAUAGUAACUUAAAAUUGUCGAGGAAUAAUUAUUUUAACGCAGCAAUCGGUGUUGGUGUAAGGUUUUUUAGUUCUAAAGAUGAUUCUGAUGGUGAUGGUCGCCCCCCUGAAGAAGACACUUAUAACACUCAAUUACCAGCCACUGUGGCGGUGCCCGAAGUUUGGCCACAUGUACCGGUUAUCGCAAUAAGUCGUAAUAUAGUCUUCCCACGAUUUAUCAAAUUAAUAGAGCUGACUCAACCACAGCUAAUUGAACUAAUUCGUCGAAAAGUUAAAUUAAAUCAACCAUAUUGUGGGAUCUUUUUAAAGAAAAAUGAAGAAAGUGAUGUUGAAGUCGUAAAUAAUGUUAAUGAUGUUUACAAUGUUGGAGUUUUUGCUCAAAUUCAUGAAAUGCAAGACUUAGGAGAUCGCUUGAGGCUUGUGGUAAUGGCACAUCGCAGAAUUAAGAUUACUGGACAAAUUUUGGACAUUGAUCAAGAAACACCUAAAGAAAUGAAACUCACCUUUCCACUUUUUAAAACAACAAUGAACAUAUUUGUAGAGGAAAAUGACGCAGAGAAACGUCGACGAAAACAUAGAAACAAUCGCGUUAAGAAAACAGCAGAUCCAAAAACACCAGAAACUAGUCAAACCAAACCAGAAGAGAAAAAAGAAACAAAGGAUCCAUCAAAAGAGAUGUUUUUGAUGGCAGAAGUUGAAAAUGUGGUACACAAUAAAUUUAAACAAACUGAGGAAGUUAAAGCGCUAACUCAUGAAGUUAUCAAGACUAUACGUGACAUAAUUAGCUUAAAUUCUAUAUAUCGAGACAGUUUGCAGCAAAUGAUGCAUCAAGGUCAAAGGGUUGUGGAUAACCCUGUUUACCUGAGUGACUUAGGAGCUGCACUUACGGCUGCUGAAGCUAAAGAACUCCAAGAAGUACUAGAAGAAAUGGAUAUUCCAAAAAGACUUAUGUUAUCUUUAUCCCUCUUGAAAAAAGAGUUAGAAUUGUCAAAACUGCAACAAAAAAUUGGGAAAGAAGUUGAAGAAAAGGUUAAGCAACACCAUCGCAAAUACAUCCUACAGGAACAACUUAAAGUAAUUAAAAAAGAGUUAGGAUUAGAAAAAGAAGAUAAAGAUGCUGUUGGUGAUAAAUUUCGGGAGAGAAUCAAAGAUAAGGUUUUGCCGGAAGCUGUGAGCUCUGUUAUUGAAGAAGAGUUAAGCAAACUCAAUUUUUUGGAGAGUCACAGUUCGGAAUUUAAUGUCACACGAAACUAUUUGGACUGGUUGACAUCUCUUCCAUGGGGCAUAUAUAGUGAGGAAAAUUUAAAUUUACAAAGAGCAUCAGAAAUUUUAGACCAAGAUCACUAUGGAAUGGAAGACAUUAAAAGACGAAUAUUAGAAUUUAUUGCAGUUAGUCAGUUGAAAGGUUCUACACAGGGAAAAAUUUUGUGUUUCCAUGGACCUCCUGGUGUCGGAAAAACUAGCAUUGCGAGGUCUAUAGCAAGAGCUCUUAAUAGGGAAUACUUUAGAUUUUCCGUUGGUGGUAUGACUGACGUAGCUGAAAUUAAAGGCCAUAGGCGUACUUACGUUGGUGCAAUGCCAGGAAAAGUCAUCCAGUGUUUAAAGAAAACGAGGACUGAGAACCCAUUGGUACUAAUUGAUGAAGUAGAUAAAAUUGGCAAAGGUUACUCUGGUGAUCCAAGCUCAGCCUUAUUAGAACUUCUAGAUCCUGAACAAAAUGCAAACUUUCUCGAUCACUACUUGGACGUUCCUGUAGAUUUAUCAAAGGUUCUUUUUAUAUGUACAGCCAACAUUGUUGACACCAUUCCUGAACCUUUAAGAGAUAGGAUGGAAAUGAUAGAUAUGUCAGGUUAUGUAGCAGAAGAAAAACUAGCCAUUGCAACUAAAUACUUACUUCCGCAAGCAAUGAAAGAUAGUGGAUUAAAUGACCAACAUAUUAAAAUCGACGAUGCCGCUUUAAACACCCUUAUCAAAAGCUAUUGUCGUGAAUCAGGUGUUAGAAAUUUACAGAAGCAUAUAGAAAAGGUUGUUAGAAAAGUUGCUUACAAAGUUGUAAAAGAAGAAGCCAAUUUUGUAGAUGUGUCUGUGACAAACUUGCAAGAGUUCGUUGGAAAACCUGUAUUUUCGCAAGAAAGAAUGUAUCCUACAACACCACCAGGCGUUGUAAUGGGAUUAGCAUGGACUGCCAUGGGUGGAUCAACGUUGUAUAUUGAAACAACGACAAGAAAGCCUCCAUUUGAGAAAGAAUCAGAAGGUAGCUUAGAGUUAACUGGUCAUCUAGGAGAUGUAAUGAAAGAAUCUGCAAAAAUUGCGCUCACUGUUGCCAGAAAUUAUUUGUACAAAAUAGAUAAAACCAAUAAAUUCUUACAAACAAGUCAUUUACAUUUGCAUGUGCCAGAAGGCGCUACUCCUAAAGACGGACCUAGCGCAGGUUGUACCAUAGUAACUGCUUUGUUAUCAUUGGCUAAGAAUGAACCAAUCAGACAAGAUAUGGCUAUGACUGGUGAAAUUUCUCUAAUGGGUAAAGUGCUGCCUGUUGGGGGAAUUAAAGAAAAAACAAUCGCGGCUAAAAGGUCUGGAGUUAAAUGCAUCAUAUUGCCUGAAGAAAACAAAAAAGAUUUUAAUGAUCUUCCAAAAUUUAUUACAGAUGGUUUGGAAGUACAUUUUGUUAGUACGUUUGACGAAGUGUAUAACAUUGUAUUUAAUAAACCAACCCCAACUGUUCUUUAAUUGUGGUUGAACAUUAUUAUUAUAUUUCUCCUGUUGAAGAAAAGGUGAAAUUUGUUAUUCUUAUCGCUAUUUAUACACAGAACUGUUUAAUUAUCUUGUUCUGAGACCUUAAAAAUGUUUGCAUUUUGUAAAUAAGCAAAACUAAUUUGAUUAUUUUGUUGUUUUGUAUGACUCUUUUUAAAAUAAAAUAUUUUUGCAAGUUUUA